GAGACUAUGUAGUCAUGUCUGUUUACUUUAACCUGAGCAGGAGAAUGGGUUAUUUCACUAUUCAGACCUACAUUCCCUGCACACUGAUUGUUGUGUUGUCCUGGGUCUCUUUCUGGAUUAAUAAGGAUGCAGUUCCAGCCAGAACAUCACUGGGUAUUACAACUGUCCUGACAAUGACCACCCUAAGUACAAUUGCUCGUAAAUCUCUUCCCAAAGUCUCCUAUGUGACAGCAAUGGAUCUUUUUGUGUCAGUCUGCUUCAUUUUUGUUUUCUCUGCACUGGUGGAAUAUGGGACUUUGCACUACUUUGUCAGCAACAGAAAGCCAAGCAAGGAUAAAGACAAAAAGAAGAAAAAUCCGCUUCUUCGGAUGUUUUCCUUCAAGGCACCUACAAUUGACAUCCGGCCUCGGUCAGCUACUAUUCAAAUGAACAAUGCUACACACCUCCAAGAAAGGGAUGAAGAAUAUGGGUAUGAGUGUCUUGAUGGCAAGGACUGUGCCAGUUUUUUUUGCUGCUUUGAGGAUUGUCGAACAGGAGCAUGGAGACAUGGAAGAAUACAUAUCCGCAUUGCCAAAAUGGACUCCUAUGCCCGCAUCUUCUUCCCAACUGCCUUCUGUUUGUUUAACCUGGUGUAUUGGGUAUCAUAUCUUUACCUUUAAAAGCAGAAGGAAAUCAGUGAUAUGAGCCUUACUCACUGAAUUUCUUAGAGAGAUGGUUUCCUAAGUCCACUUGAAGUAUUUACGAUGCGCUUUAUAGUGGUCUGAAUUCUUUAGUGCCAUAACCCAGUAAAUAUCAGUCAUAUCAUUUCUCAAAAAAUUACCAUCAGGUUACUGUGAAUUAAAUGUCCAUUCAACAUGCUGAAAUAAUUUGAAAUAAAAAUCAUAGAAACAAGUAAUAUACAGCUGUACCUGCUGGAAUAGAGAGAAACAGAGCAGACAGGUCAAGGGUAGCAUAGCAACAUCACUUAAUAGUUGGUACUGCUAUUUCAAACAAGAGUGAGAGAGGGGAGAAUUCCCAGGUAAAGUGCUGUACAGUUU